AUGAGCCCUGGUGUGGAACCAAACAGUAAAAGGAUGUUGCUUACCCAAGUUUCGCAGAAGGAUUAUGAAGAUCUCUGCAGGUUGGAUGUUCUGAGCCUAGCAGACACUGCUGAACACGACCAAUCAAUGGUGUAUAACGAAUUCAAAGAGCAAUUAACGCGAUCACCGGAGGGCUGGUACGAGACCGGUCUUCCAUGGUGUAGAAAUCAUCCACCUCUCCUACCGAACAAAACAGGAAGCAUCAGAAGGUUGGAAUCUUUAGAGCGACGAUUACAGCGAAAGAAAUUAACUGAAGAUUACAAGGCAGUAAUCCAAGACCAAAAGCACAAUGGCAUAGUUGAACCAGCAACUACCGUAGCAAAAGGUAAUAAAUUCUACAUACCUCACAAAGAAGUCGUACGCGAGUCAGCGCAGUCCACUAAACUGAGAGUGGUGUACGAUGCAUCAGCAAAAGCUUCACCAGAAAGUCCUUCUUUAAACGAAUGCCUAUUUCACUGGCGACCAAAUCCACAGGCUGAUGUAGAAGUACUACGGUUCACGAGAGUAUUGUUUGGAUUGGUUUCUUCUCCAUUCCUACUUGGGGGAGUUCUCGAAACACAUUUGGAUCACUGGAAAAGCAAAGCUCCAGACGCAGUUGAGGCUCUGAGAAGGUGUCUGUACGUUGAUGACAUCAUUUCAGGAGGAUGCACUGUGGAUGAAGCACGAAAAAGGAAAUUGGAAGCUAUUGACAUUCUGGGUGACGCAACCUUUACCCUUCAUAAGUGGGCAUCAAAUGCAAAGGAGUUGGAUGAAGGUAGUGUUAACAAAAAUCAUGAAGAGCAAACAGCGGCCAAACAACAAUUUGGGGUGCAGCCAACUGAGAUGAAGAUCCUGGGUACAACGUGGAAUAAAGAGAAAGAUACGUUAAGUGUACAAAUAGGACAUUGUGGGAAAUCGCCAACGAAGCGCAACAUUUUAAGUCGACUGGCGAAGAUCUAUGAUCCAAUAGGAAUUGCAUCACCUCUGCUUUUGCAAGGCAAACAAAUCUAUCGAGAGGUGUGUGACCUGAAAUUACCCUGGGACGCAGAAUUGAUUGGUAAAUUGAAGCAGAGUUGGGAGAAGUGGGAAAACACCUUACCAAGCGAAGUGACCGUGCCAAGAGCGGUUCUGUCGUUCCAAGAACCCGUCUGUAGCUUAGAGAUUCAUGGAUUUGGGGAUGCCAGCGGUGAAGGUUUGUGCGCAGUCGUCUACACAGUCGCUAAACAACCAUCUGGAGUUACUCAGGAAUUACUGGCAGCGAAAUCAAGACUUGCCAAAAGAGGACUGACUAUCCCGAGGUUAGAGCUUGUUGCAAGUCAUAUGGCCGCAAAUUUGGUCUCGAAUGCUAGCAAUGCGCUGAGACACAUUCCACACAGAAAACACUGCUGGUCAGAUAGUACUGUAGCUUUAUGGUGGAUUAAAGGAGAGGGUGAUUAUAAACAAUUCGUGUCGCAUCGAGUGGCAAAAAUCCGAGCUUCUAAUGAGAUCGUGUGGCAUCAUGUGCCAACAACCGACAAUCCGGCCGACCUCGGAAGCAGAGGUGGCAAACUGACCGAGAUGUGGAUGAAAGGUCCUGCCUGGCUAUCAGAGCGUAGUCUUUGGCCACCAGAUCUUAUAGUCAAACCGUCGACUGACUCCCAAAGUUAA